AUGUCACGAUAUUCAUUCUCAGACGAGUCAUCGUUUGAUGAUUUGGACACAACUUUGGACGAAGCGUUGCGUAACGCCUCACAGAAUGUGUUCAACUAUACCAAGAGCAACAAUACAUCGCGACAAAACUCCCAAGGCUCUGGUAUACCGUUAACUAACAUGGGGAGCGGGAGUGGCGGCCUGCAGAAUCGCGGUAAUUCAUCCGACAAUGAGGAGCUGGGAACUAAUACUAAUAAUAAUAAGAAUAAUGCAUUUACCAGAAGACAUAGUGGGGACUAUCGAGAAGGAGACGGUGAUGAUGAUAACUCUCCAUUGAUUUCCUCGUCACAACACCGUUCAUUCAAUACUUCAUCGCCAAUCCCAAUAUUGCCAUCAACACUGCCCUUGAGAAGGCUUGCUGCUAAAUCCAUCAAUUUGAUCCGUCAAUCACUCCCUGAAUUUCCUAAUAAAAAUAGUAGAAUCCAGUUACCUCGAAAUGAGGUCUCAGAGGAAAGAUUCAUCUCACCAAGAAGUAACACUUCAGAAAAAAACUCAUGCCCAUCUAAUGCUAUCUCAAACGCCAAAUAUAAUCCAGUCACAUUCAUACCCGUCAUUUUAUAUGAACAGUUCAAGUUCUUCUUCAACUUGUACUUUCUUCUUGUUGCACUUUCCCAAAUUAUUCCACAAUUGCGUAUCGGGUACCUUUCAUCGUAUAUUGUUCCUUUAGCAUUUGUUUUGACUGUCACUAUGCUUAAAGAAGCAUCUGAUGAUAUAUCAAGACGUCGUAGGGAUAAGGAGCAAAAUAAUGAAUUAUAUGAGGUCUUGAAUCGGGGUGGGCCCACAACACUUUCACAAGACCCUAAACAUGUCAAGUCUCUGGAUUUAAAGGUUGGAGAUUUGGUUAGAUUGCAUAAAGAUUCAAGAAUUCCUGCUGAUAUGAUUUUAUUACAAUGUACCGAACAAGAUGGUACUGGAGAAUCAUUCAUUAAAACAGAUCAAUUGGAUGGAGAAACUGAUUGGAAAUUAAGAAUAUCAUGCCCAAAGACUCAAUCUAUUUCAAAUAUAUCUGAAUUGAUCCAACAUGUCUCCCUUAUUAUUAACCAACCAUCUAAAUCGAUUGACUCCUUCAAUGGGAAGUUGGUUUAUCAAGAAGAAAGACAACAAACUCAAACCUACCCACUUACAGUUGACCAAACAUUAUGGGCAAAUACCGUUCUAGCCCUGGGAACUGCUGUUGGGAUAAUCAUUUACACUGGAGUUGAAACAAGACAACUGAUGAACACUACGAAAUCUGGGGUGAAAACAGGUUUAUUGGAGUUGGAAAUCAACAGAUUAUCCAAGAUUUUAUGUGUUUUGGUGUUUGUUUUGUCCAUUGUUCUUGUCUUAGCUGGUGGUUGGCCAUUGAAAUCGAAAUGGUAUAUUGACAUAAUGAGAUAUUUAAUUUUAUUCUCUUCAAUUAUUCCUGUUUCUCUUCGUGUGAAUCUCGAUUUGGCUAAAUCUGUUUAUGCUAGACAGAUUGAAGAAGAUGAAGCCAUUGAAAAUACCAUUGUUCGUACUUCUACCAUUCCAGAAGAUUUGGGUAGAAUCGAAUAUCUUUUAACCGACAAGACUGGAACUUUAACUCAGAAUGAUAUGGAAUUGAAAAAAUUACAUUUAGGUACAAUCAGUUAUGCGGGUGAUACUUUGGAUAUAGUUUCAGAUUAUGUAUCCAAUAUGCUCUCAAGUUUAGAUGGGAACUCAAAUAAUGUUUUGAAGAAGAAAGAUUUGAAUGCAAAAGUUUGUGAUUUGAUUAUCACUUUAGCAUUGUGUCAUAAUGUGACUCCAACAUAUGAGGAGGAAGAGAUUAAUGAUUGGGCUACUGCUGAAGUGACAUAUCAAGCUGCAUCUCCAGAUGAAAUUGCCAUUGUCAAGUUCAUAGAAGCUGUUGGAUUAAAACUUGUCAAAAGAGACAGAAAGUCCAUCACUUUGUUACAUCUUGCAUCCAAUCGUACCUUGACAUAUCAAAUAUUAUAUAAUUUCCCAUUCAAUUCGGAUACUAAAAGAAUGGGAAUAGUUGUUGAGGAUGAUAAAGGUGAUAUUUCCUUCAUGCAAAAGGGUGCUGACUCUGUGAUGUCUGCAAUCGUUUCAUCCAACGACUGGUUGGAUGAAGAAACUAGUAAUAUGGCUAGAGAAGGUUUAAGAACUUUAGUUAUUGGUAAAAAGAAGAUUCCUCCAACUCAUUUUAGUGAUUUUGAAAAAAAAUACAAACAAAGUUCUUUAUCCAUGACUGAUAGAGAUAAUAAGAUCCAAAAAACUAUCAGUGGAUAUUUAGAAAAAGAUUUGGAAUUGUUAGGUAUUACUGGGGUUGAAGAUAAAUUACAAGAAAACGUCAAAACUUCGAUUGAAUUAUUGAGAAAUGCAGGAAUUAAAAUUUGGAUGUUGACUGGUGAUAAAAUUGAAACUGCUAAAUGUAUUGGUAUUAGUACCAGAUUAAUUUCAAGAGGUCAAUAUAUUCAUCAAAUUGUGAAAUUAAACCAUGUUGAUCUUGCCUUGAAUCAACUUGAGUACCUCAAGACCAAUCAAAACUGUUGCUUACUAAUUGAUGGGGAAUCACUUGCGAUUUAUUUGAAACAUUUCAAAGAAGAAUUUUUCAAUGCUGUUAUCAAUUUACCAUCUGUCAUUGCCUGUAGAUGUACCCCGCAACAAAAGGCUGACAUUGCAGUUUUAAUUAAAACCUUCACUGGGAAGAGAGUUUGUUGUAUUGGAGAUGGUGGUAAUGAUGUCAGUAUGAUUCAAAGUGCUGACGUGGGUGUAGGUAUAGUAGGAAAAGAAGGUAAACAAGCAUCUUUAUCUGCAGAUUUCAGUAUAGAUCAAUUCUAUUACUUACUGAAAUUACUCUUGUGGCAUGGAAGAAAUUCAUACAAACGCUCAUCUAAACUUGGACAAUUUAUUAUUCAUAGAGGGCUUCUUAUUUCCAUUUGUCAAGCUAUUUAUUCCAUCUGCUUGAACUUUGAACCUCUUACAUUAUAUAAUGGAUGGUUAAUGGUUGGCUAUGCGACAUUUUAUACCAUGGCUCCGAUUUUCUCGCUUGUUUUAGAUUGUGAUGUUGAUGAAUAUUUAACCAAACUUUACCCAGAACUUUACAAGGAACUUUUAAUGGGAAAAUCAUUAUCAUACAAAAGUUUUGCAGUUUGGUGUUUAAUUUCUUUGUAUCAAGGUUCAAUUAUCCAAUUACUAUCUCAAUAUUUCCAAGGUCAACAAGAAAGUAUGGUUACCUUAUCAUUUUCUUGUUUGAUCUAUAAUGAAUUGAUUAUGGUUGGAUUACAGAUUAAUAGAUGGAAAAAGGUUAUGAUUGCCACUAUAGUAAUCACACUAAUCAUCUAUGUCGCAUCGGUUCCAUUUUUAUCUGAUUAUUUCGACUUGACUUAUGUGAUGACAUUUAGCUAUAUUUGGCAAUGUAGUGUCAUUCUUUCGGUAAGUCUUUUCCCAGUUUGGAUUUCUCAAGCUAUUAAUAGGAAGCUUAAUCCUCCAAAUUAUGCUAAAGUUCAACAAUCAUAA